AUGUCUUCAUUCAUUGAAAAUAUAAAUGUCCAACGAGAAACUGUAUUUGUAUAUGAAUCCGCAAAUACAACCGCACAUGAAACGGUUCCAAUCCCUUCGAUCAAAAUACCAUUUCCUCCUCCGAUUAAUCCAGAGGAUUUAGUAAGCCAAAAAAAAGAUGGGGAGGUACCAUCUAGAGCGCCCAAUGCGUUCUUGAUCUAUCGUAGGGUCUUUGUUAAAGAACUUCAGGCACAAAAUUACGCUUUUAAAAUGACGGAUGUGUCCUCCAUGGCAUCCGCAUCUUGGAAACGUGAACCAGAGGAUGUCAAAAAUGAAUACUGGCGGAUUGCUGGAGAAGCUAAGAAACUAUUAACGACAACCCGUCAAAAAUCUCUAUCAUUUUCACGACGUAAAUGGCGAACAACCAAUUCUAACACGCGAACUCCAAAGUCAAGGAUGAAUUCUGCGCCACGCACUUCACGAAAGAAACAACCAACCAUUACAAAUGUACCGAAACAAUCUCAACCUCUUCCCUCAGUAUCUAAAAAUCACUUCAUCCAACCUUUGGACAUUUCCUACUCAACUACAAUUUGUCCUAACCAAAAUACUAUCGAGGAACGCCAACUUUUAUCACCUUCUUUUGCAUUCACUAUGGCCGAUGUCGAUAGUUAUUUAUUUGCAACCGGUAGUCGUGAUUUAAUUUGGACUCAAAGUCUCGUUUCUGAUGUGCUUGCAUAUUCAGAUGGGGAAUCAUCUUCAACUUCAACUGAUGAGAUCUUUGAUCGUACAAAUUUAACACCUACUUUUUCCAUAUUACAUCAUCCCAUUGUGUCUUAUAAGCAAUCUAUGUAUGCUUGGCACUAUCAGAUGUUUUGUAAUAACAUUCAAUACAUUAAUAACGGAUUGAAUGUCUUGAAUAUAGAAGGUCAAAUAAAUGGACCUUUAUUUUAA